AUGGAAUUGAUCCCUCCACGUCCACCCUCACUCGAAACUGAGAGAAGGUCACCCUCAAUGGUGAAGCGACCAACUUCUCAGCACCAUGGCUUUACUGGAAGCCUUCUUGCACUCGGUUGUCUACCGAGUAUCAGACAGACCACCGAUCCCCAAAGUCGCACAAUAUGGAAAAAAUCGCGAGCCGAUGGUAUGGCCGCCGCCGUGCAGGAGGAGGAUGAGUGGUCGCGCGGGCCCAGCAGCUUUCAAGUCCGCAGUCAGAUGGCACACGAUGAUGCGGCAGGGCCCGUCGUCGCGGAGUCUGAUCGAGUGUUCGGUCUCGGUGAUCUCGCUCGGCCGCGAGUCUGCGAGGCGUUUCUGAAGCGCUGGUCUUGGAAUUCUAGCACCCAAAGUCGAUCAAAACGUCAAUCUCGUGCGUCAAUUGUCAAUCACUGUACCAUUGAUAGCAGGAGCCGUGGGCUCAGAAGAGGCUUUGUUCCGCGGCACGAGCACGUCUCUCACCACAUCGUUGUCCACGUCUUCAAGCAAUUGCUCCGGAGCGUUGAUUCCAAGCUCCCCGACGCCGAUCACGAAGAGUUUAUAUCUUCCAAACACUCGACGGACGAUUUUGGAGUCCAUUUGCUUUUCCGGAGCUUCCAGCUGGAUACUGUUUUCCACGACGACUUUAACCAGACCGGUACUGGUUCCGAAUGA